UCCAACACAUUGUUGGGGAAGAAGAAGAAGAGUCGGCUUCGCUGUGUCGUGUCACCUCAGAGUUGCUGAUCUGGAGGCGGAAGGGCGGCGCGUUCGGCCGUUCGUGCGAAAGUGGACCGAGACUGGGAGGGCGUGUUAAACCUGUCAUUGGCCCCAGAUAAGACCUGCCUUCUCCCAAAAGCAGACGCCAGAAUCAGACGGAUUUGGUUGACGGGGAGAUCUCGACUGGGCUUCUUCGUUCAUUGCUUUUACAGACGACCGCUUUCAGAGAAAGUUUGACGGAUUUUACUAUAGGAAACAUGGCCAAAUAUAGGAAGGUACCAGAAAACUACUUCAAAUUUGUCAACCCAAUAAUUGUCUCACUAAUUGGCGUUGGAAUGUAUCUCUUGUUGAUGGCAUGGUUGGAUCCCAGGAACAUAUCGACCACAUAUUUUGGUCGUGUUGCAGAAUUUGCAACCUGGUUAGGAACUGAGAACAACCAUCUUAUGAAGCAGAUACUGUUGUGUUUACUGGCAAUCCACAUAAUUCAGGCUCUGAUUGGGGUGUAUUUAUGUCAGAAACACAGGCUUGGCUCUUUGGUCACCAUUGCCUGGACCUUACAGAACCUCAUUCUGGGUUUCCCAUCCCUUUACUAUCUCAUAUGGCCCCAAAAACCAAAGAGGAGCUCCAAUAGUGGUAAGAAAGAAGAAUCCAACAAGAAUUCAAACAAGUCCAAGGAAGGCAAGAAUGCCAACAAAGGAAAGGAGACAAAAAAUUCCAAGUCCAAAGAAAAGAAUCAUGCAAAGUCCAGAAAAGACAAAUAAAUUCUUUGUAAGUAAAAUCAUAAACUGCUCCCUCAGUAGGCAUCUGCGUCGGAGAUGGCUGUUGGAACAAAAAUAUAUAAAAAAAAAUUUUAUAUGGAGUUGUGGUUCAACAUUGUAACUUGAUAGAAUAAAUCCCUUUUUAAAAA